AUGAAGGAAUGGGCACAUACCUUUGGGGCUGCAGUUCAUCAAAGAACUGUCCAACAAGAAACAACCACGGGUAGGGCUGGAACGCUCCCCAAUUUCUUGUACGAAAAAGACAUUGUACCAGGGCAAAGCAUUGUCCUAACAGCAGAUGUCGGCCCUCCUGACAAUGAAGAUGAAUAUGAUACAGGUAGCAGUGCAGAAGAAGAAGAAAUCGAAGACCAAGUCAGAGAAGGAUCUCAAAGGGUCGCCACUUUGGAUGGGGAAGCAAACUUCCUGCUUGGAAGGGUGUCCACAUUUGGUCGUGCUAUUCCAUUCAAUAGCAGGUUUAUGUUUUCAUAA